CAUCCAGUAAAUGGUGCCUGGACGUCAUGGCAAGCUUGGGGAGGAUGGUCGACUUGUGACAAGACCUGUGGGGAUGGGCAAAGAAUCCGAUACAGUGUACGACAGUGUAGUAACCCAACGCCUAAAAAUGGUGGCGAAUACUGCAACGGAACUAACGUGCAAAAGGAGACAGAAGAGUGUUUGUUAAAGGUUUGCAUUGUUGAUGGCGGUUGGAGUGAGUUUGGUCCUUGGAGUAAGUUCUCACCGUGUGCAAAAACGUGCGGAUGGGGAGCAAAAACUAGAUACAGAUACAGAGAAUGCAACAACCCCAAACCGCAAAAUGGUGGGCGCUUCUGUCCGGGAGAUUCCAUCCACUCAGAAACAGCUCCCUGCAACACCAAUUCGUGUGAAGAUUACGGUUUGAAUUAUCCUAACCAAAUAACAGAUACUGGAAACAACUCCGAGAAUACAACCAAUGACACACCUCCGGAAGUAAAUGGGUUUGAUAACUCGUCUAUGGAGGAAAAAAAUAGUUCCGAUUAUCUUCAUAAUGGAAUUCAAUCACCCAUUAAAUCUGUAAAGGACUUUUCCAUUAAUGGUACGGCAACACCAAAUCAUAACAAAGUCGCCACUACAGCAAGUUCGUCUAUAACGACAUCCCAAAAUAAGACAUGAAACCUUAUUAACACGCAAUCAUGUAUCAUCUGCACAAAAUACCGAAUACAAAAGUGCAUAGUAGCAUGGUCGCCUUUUUGUUUGUUUUUAUUAUGCUUGAUUAUUUCAUAACUAAUUUCCAAUAUCGUAUUUACAUACAAGAAGCGAUCACCACAUUUAUUAAACAUUUGAUUUUUUUCUUGCAACUGAAAACCUGGUUUAAACCAUUAGUCAUAAAUUAGAUAACAAAAAGAUUUGUUGCUGAAUUAUAAUAUUUAUCAUUUUAGGCAUUGCUUCAAUUUCUGAUCUUGUAAUUUAAAAUUGUCAGAUAAAAGUACAACGUAUGAAGAUAAUUGAUAAAUAUAAUGUGCAUCUUUAAAGUUUACAAAACAUCAAGUGUAAUAUGUAGAAGAAAACAGCUUCCUGUGCAUGUAUAUAAAGGGUUACAAAACUCCAUUUCUUGAAUGAUAUGGCCAGUGUAAACAACUUUAACAUUUUUUCCAAGAUACGUAAACUUAGUGUGUAUAAUAAUUAAGAUUAGCUCAAACGAUUUUUUUUCAUCCUCUGUGCAGAGAUUUGCAAGCAGUUUUAUUACAAGGUAAAACACAUUUUAAAUGAACCAGAGUUUUGAUACCGGUAUAGCUCAGUUAGCAAAAUAAAGCCACUGCAGCAAUUU